AUGGCCAUACCGGUCAACUUUACCGUUCAAUUCUGGGAUAACCUUACCAACGGCCUUAGCAGCACCGGUGGAAGAUGGAAUGAUGUUACCGGAAGCAGUUCUACCUCCUCUCCAGUCCUUGUGGGAUGGACCGUCAACGGUCUUUUGGGUGGCGGUGAUAGAGUGGACAGUGGUCAUCAAACCUUCCUCAAUACCGAAGGUGUCGUUGAUAACCUUGGCCAAUGGAGCCAAACAGUUGGUGGUACAGGAAGCGUUGGAAACAAUGCUUUGACCAGCGUACUUGUCUUCGUUGACACCAACGACGAACAUUGGAGCGUCAGCGGAAGGAGCGGUGAUGACAACCUUCUUGGCACCAGCGUCAAUGUGCUUUUGGGCACCCUCGAGCUUGGUGAAAACACCAGUGGAGUCAAUAACCAACUCAACACCCUCCUUGCCCCAUGGAAUUUGGGCUCGGGUCUCUCUCUUGGUGGACGGUGA